UCUCCGUUGCGCGGUGAAAUCAUCUUGAUUGGUAUUGUGGAAUUAACUGAUAUCAGCACAACACCAACAACAUCUACGAAGAUCACAGGUUCAUUGGACACAAUGAUGUCCAUUCAGGGAACGACAACGCUGACACAGGGAAUGACCAGUGUUUCUACAGCUACCAAAUCAGGAACGACAAAGAUGACACAGGGAAUGACCAGUGUUUCUGUGGUUACCAAAUCAGGAAAGACAAAGCUGACACAGGGAAUGACCAGUACUUCUGUGGUUACCAAAUCAGUGUCAAAUGUCACUUCCGUUACGUCUUCAAACAAAACAGAAGGCAAAAAUACAAAAAUGUGGAAGUCGAUGUUGGCAGCAGCUGCGGGUGGAGGACUGAUUGUGGUCUUCAUUCUGGUGAUGUCAGUAUGUCUCAGAGCCAAAAGAAGGACUGGUGUGAAAAAUG